GGAGUGAGGGAGGCAGGGAGAGAGAGAUGAGGGAUAGUGAAUACCUUAUAUGUAUCCUUAAGAAAGAGCAAUAGGAAAAUAAAAACAGAGACGAGAGAGAGAGAGAGAGAGAGAGAGAGAGAGAGAGAGAGAGAGAGAGAGAGAGAGAGAGAGAGAGCGAGAGAGAGCUGAGUGGGAGAGAGAAAGAGAGUGUUAGAUAAUGGUUAGGGGCUGUUAUUAUUUUACUGAUGGGGGAGACAAACAGAUAGAUAAAUAGAUAGAUAGAUAGAUAGAUAGAUAGAUAGAUAGAUAGAUAGAUAGAUAGAUAGAUAGAUAGAAAGGAAAGGAAAGGAGAGGGAGAACUGGGAAGAAAAGGGUCUCAUUUGACAGACACAUCGACACGAGCACACAGAGCAACAGACAUUAAAAUCAAUAGAGGGAGGACGAGAGAGAGGGCUAUUUCCCUGUCUGGGCAACAUACAGACGGACAGGCAGACAAACAGUAGACAGGCAUACUAAAACCAAAACACUGAUAGCCAAGACCCAGAGAGAGAGAGAGACGGAUAGAGAUAAAGAGAAGGGGUGUGUGUGCUUGGCUCGUUUUCCGCGUUUCAUCAAAGCCCCCCUCCCCUCCCCUCUACUACCCUCUCCACCCCGCCCCCUCCUCAUCGCUGGAGCACAGGAGAAGACAAGAAGAGAAGAAUGUCAGGCCUGGGUUUAGGAAUAUUAUCACUGACCAAUUGGAUAUUACCUGGCUGCUAAGAAAGGACAGGACCACACUCACCUCAACACAACCAUGGGCUGCAUAGGAUCCCGGACUAUCUCAUCGGAGGCUGUGCAGGUGGGCAAGAAAGAAGGAGAGCAGAAUGCCCGUACAGAGCUCUCCUGGGACGGUAUCAAUAUCUCAAUGGAGGACACAACCUCCAUUCUACCCAGGCUGAAACGGAACUCAAAUGCCUAUGGGAUCGGAGCUCUGGCUAAAUCAUCAUUGUCAGCAGGCGUAUCCCGCAGUGUGAAGGAUCACAUCACCAAGCCCACGGCCAUGGCUCAAGGACGCGUGGCACACAUGAUCGAAUGGCAGAGCUGGGGCAAGCCCUCUGCUGGCCCCGGGGUGAUCAGACCAGCCGCCCGGGAGAGAGAGAGGAGGUUGGAGAACGACGCCUACUCAGACCUCAGUGAAUCAGAGAAGGAGGCCAGAUUCGCAGCUGGUGUAAUGCAACAGUUUGCGAUCUCUGAGGCGACUCUGUUGGCCUGGACCUCGAUGGACGUGGACAGCAUGAGUGCGGGGUCAAACCAGGGCAGCGUGGCUCAUCUGAGCGAGGUCAACCAGGAGUCAGUCACCAGCAGAGAUCAGAUCCUACGCCACUCCUCAGUGGAUGGCUGGCCACACACCUAUGUAUCUCAGGGUCUGUACUGUCUCAGCUCAUCUGAUGCCUGGGAGCCAAUGAGCAACGAGCAGUCCAACAUGGCCUCUCCUGCUGCUGGCUCCUAUGUGAUGGGGGGUGUAGCUUCACAGAACCACGAUGAAAACUCUGCCUACUUCCACCAACACCUACAGCAGAUUCAGUCGAAUGAACACAGAAUAAACCACACCCAGUCUGCUCAACAAACCCCAAACACCACAAUCCAUGGGCAGCAGGCUCCGUCCACUCACACACCACUGGUGGAUCUGUGGGGGGCAGGCCAGGGAUGUGUCCAUUACACUGAGGUGGGCGGGUAUGUGGGUGUGUCUGCUGGAGAAGGGGGUGUGACCACAGGAGAGGAGCCUGCAGUGGAAAACGCACCCUUAUUGGACAAGCAAGCUUCACAGGAGGACGAGGAUGAUGCUCUGUGUAGAGAUCUGGGUUCCAUGUCUCCCCCCCGAGAGGAAUCUGUCACCGUGGGCAACAACAGCACCAACGAGACCAUUCUGCCCCGGAAGAUCUCUGAUGUCACUUCCUCUGGAGUGCAGUCUUUGGAUGAGGAAGACGGAGAGACCAGCAACAUCUGAAAGGGCGGCUUCCAUACCCAGCAUUAAGUGAUUCAUUGGAAGUUGUUGGUCAACCAGCUUUAUGGAAAAAAGCAACAAAAAAAUAACCCCACAAACAAACAAACUUUCAUUUGCAAAGAAAUACAUGUAAAAACAUUUAGGAUUUCCAUUUCAGAAAAUGGCCAAGCAUGCUAAAGGGCCUUUUUAUAAACCAAUGGAAUUCCAUUCGAAAAAUGGGAGAAGGAGGAUCCAAAAAAUGCAGACAGGAGUUUGGAAAAUUUUAAAUAUCCCAGAAACAUGGAGAGGAAAUAAGGAGUCAAAAGCUGAGAAAGGUCCUUGAUUCUUAAAAAACACAAAAGUCAUGCUGAGGUUUUACAAACAAACUCUGGAGCCAUUGGAAUUGUGUUUUAAUGUUUUAAAUGGAAAACAAAACAUGCACUUCAUAAUUACAGUAUCUAUAGAUGUUAGUUCUGUUUAAUUGUGUAAAACCUGAAGACAUAAAAUAUAGUUAAUGCUAUUUUUUAUUGUAAUAUAGAGCUUUACCAAAUUAUACGGUAAAUGCUUUGUAUUCUACCAAAUGGAAAAUCUAAUUAAUACAUAAAAACAACAUUUUCACUUGACGACUUCUCUCAUGGAGGCUUGUAACAGUAAUAAAGAGUACGAGGACUGAAACUGCAUUUCUUACCGUUUUAACCUUUUCUCAGUGCUUCUCACAGCAAUUCAAAUAUUGCAUUGUUCAAAAUAUUUGAUCGGUCUGAGUACAGACUGAGUUCAGAAGCUGCUUGUUUCCUGUCAUAGACAUCAAGUAGGCUAGAUCAGCCAAAGUGUCUUUAUUAGUAAGCACCAACACCAUCUAGUGCACAGCAAGAUGUUACCAACAAAACAAAAAGAAACUAAAUCCAAAGUGAUAGAUCCAGCUCAUCUAUAAAGACACUUGGAAUGGUCUAGGUUAUUUUAUAUCUAUGACAGGCAAUGAGAACUGAAGAGCAGCUCCUGAAAUUAAGUGAAACCAUUAAAA